UUGAAACUUCUAAUGUGAUUAAAGAUUUUAAGUUUAACAAUUGUGUGUUGAGAAAAAAACGGGAUUUUCCAUGUGUUAAGAAUUUUUUAUUUUUCCACGAGGAUAUGCAGAAGUUGACUGCUAUGUAUUCAGAUUCAAACCUGAUUUGGGAAUCCACCACACACGUUCACGCCAUUGUUUCGCAAAAACACAUGUUAUAUUAUCUAUUACUUUUUCUUUCUUUUGCAUCAUAUUAACCAUUAUAAAUACUCUACCCAUCGACCCUCAUAAACCCAUCUCUCCAAGCACAAAUUUGAUACAGAAUAAACGUCAUUAGCUUUCUUUUGCUUUAAGCCAUGGACUCAAAACUUAUCUUAAGGUGUUUGGUUAUCGUUUCCCUUAUCACAUCUCUAGCCCUGCCAGCCUCUCUCGGAGCAAUAGAAUGUGAGAAUCUGAGCAAGGAAACAUGUUCAUUUGCUGUUUCAUCUAGCAGCAAAAGGUGUGUCCUAGAGAAACAUGUGAAAAGAUCGGGUGAAGAAGUAUACACAUGCAAAACAUCAAAUAUUGAAACUGGUAUACUAAAAGAUCACAUUGAAAGCGACCAAUGCAUAAAAGCUUGUAAUUUAGACAGAAAGUCACUUGGAAUUUCAUCAGACGCACUUCUGGAAUCUCGUUUCAUACAGAAGUUAUGUUCUCCACAGUGUUAUAAGAGUUGUCCAAAUGUUGUUGAUCUUUACUUCAACCUAGCAGCCAGUGAAGAUGUGUUUCUUCCUAGGUUGUGUGAGAUGAAAGGUGGAAAUGCUCGCCGCGUAAUGGCGGAAUUGAAAAGCUCUGGUAUUGUGGCACCAGGACCUGUGGAUCAAAUGUUGUUUGCAGCAUCUCCAGAAUCAUUUAGUUCUGCCGAGUUUGCAGCAUCAUCUCCAGAAUCAUUUAGUUCUGUUGAGUUUGCAGCAUCAUCUCCAGAAUCAUUUAGUUCUGUUGAGUUUGCAGCUGAACCUAUGGCUGCACAUCUAUCAUAAGAGUGUUUUGGAAUGUCUCUCUAUCUAUGGGAAUGGAGAAAGGUAAUAAAUAUGUAUGCAAAUGAAAUAAGAUGAAUAAAAUGGCGGAGUUAGUAUAUCAUCUUUAUUUUGAUGUUUCUUGUUAUUUUCGAUAUUUGUAAUUUAAUUUGUUUUUCUUUCAAUUUGUGUGUAAUUUGUUUAAUUGUAUCUUGAGUAAACCCUUCCAUUAUGUUUUUAGACGGAGUCAAAAUCAAUAUUUUGUAUAAUUUGAAUCCAUUAUAUGAUGUUUUUAGGGUGAACAUGUCAAACUUAUUAGAAGUAAUUCAUAUUUAUUAGUUGUACUAUUUUCUUAGCCCCUAAGUUUGUUAGAGGGUAUUUUAGUAUUUUAUCCUAUUCUAGUAACCCUAGUUUUAGCUUAUAAAUAGGGUGACAAUCAUUGUAACUUUUAUCAUGUUUUGUAGCCGUCAUUCUCUUAAUAGAAUAUUUCCGUUCAUCAUUCAUUCUACCUUUGCACCAACAAUUGGUAUCUAGAGCUCCGGUUCGGAUUCAUUGGGAAA